AUGACGGGAUCUGUACCUUCUACCCUUGCCAACCGGAAAGCACAAGCUGUUACGAAAUGUCCAGAUUCUGCUGUUGUCUUCGGCAACAAGCGUGUUGAACCUUUGAUCCCAACGGUAGUAGUGGAAGUCGGGUUCAGUCAGUCGUACGAGGAUCUUGUGCUGGACGCCCGACAAUGGUUGCUAAGGUCUACGCGACCGCCGAACGUUGUUAUCCUCGUUAAAAUCGAGGAGGGCAUUGCAAGCCUAAGAUCGCACAAAUGCACCAUAGCAUACCAGUCCCGAUUGAAGACUUUGCUCCUCCAACACUGCGACGCCUACGCGCUCGCCAGCGCUGAUUUAGAUGGGACCGGGGCCCCUGAGAUCAACGUGGAUGUUCUAAGGAAGCAGAUUGUCAUUGAAGACUGGGUAGAAAAUCUGAGGGUUUUCAUUGAAGUAUGGCUUCGCAGUUCUGCGGAGUCUGACAACAUUUGCAGUCGAGGCGCACGCUGUCACAUCCUACCAGUGCCCGAAACACCGACAGACCCCGUCCUCUACAUCACCGAUUUGAUCCCAGAUCAGCACCAACAAAGAUUCCAGCCGUUUGACCGGAAUAGGCAAUUAACACUCGAUAUGAAAGAUUUUGAGUCCGUGUUUCCAGACAGUUGA